CAUAACCUGUAAUUUUUAAAUAAUUUUCUGCUGUUAUAAAGUUUAGUAUCAAACACAUUACAGUGUAAUUAGUUAUCAAAAAUGUGAAAAGGAAGCCUCAUGUGCAGUGUAGUAAUAGUUAUUGUACAAUAAAAAUGAAUUAACCAUGGAUGCAAAAAAUUGUGAGGAGACAGGUCUUGCAACCUCUGAAGCUUUGUACAAACUGCAAAAUGAAAUAGAGCAAGUCCUUAUUCAGUUUAAAUUAUCGCAAAAAUCUCGUAAUUCUAGGUCAUGGUUGUUUUCUGCACUUAAUCAUUCUAGUCAACAUACUACCAUCAACUGGGUCUCAACACUAUUAUUGAUUCUCUCAUCCUUUUUAUUUUUGUUUUCCUAUUUUAUUCAUCCUGUGACAGAGGUUUUGAUUUAUCAGUCAGUUUUUAUUUUAAUUUUAACAAUAAUUAGUAUCAUAAUUGAAGUAAAUGACAAUAAAUUGAGACAUAAUGAAAUAUUCAACAGAGCCCAAAAUCUACUACAACAACUACGAACUGACUGUAAAAAUUUAAAGUGGGUCACAUCAAACUAUCCUCAUCUCUUAUCUCCCUAUUCUCCAUGCAUUACUCUACAGUGGACUUAUAGAGAUGGUAAAUUAGUUAAUUUACCAUGGGCUCUUUUGGUAAAAGGUGAUUUGAUAUUGAUACGUCCUGGUCAGAUAGUACCUGGGUACUGUGAGGCAGUAGAUAAAAAUUCUGAUUUUCCUUUGUUACAUUUGAAAGAGGUUUACGGGCCAUCGUUGCCUACAGCCAAUGAAUUCUUUAGUGUGGCAAAAAUGAGGAAACCGUUACAAAACAAAAAGUACAGACUUUUAGAAACACCAUAUUUGCAUAAUCUUCGAAUUGCUUUAGAACAGUCAUUAGAUCGACCAAUCACCCAAUAUAAUCAGCAAAGACAUCUUUUGAUGAUCAAAAUUGGCGAACAGUUCAUUGUGCCUUCUGUCUUAGUUAUAAUUUAUGUAAUAAAUUUUGUACGGUACAUGUAUUUGGAGCAUUAUAUAGGAAGCGUUCAUUGGAUAGACUCUUUCGUCUUAGUACCUGUUUGUACUGUUUUACCUUUAUUACCCAUUAUUUUCCCUAUAUUGUGGAACCUCUUGAAUUGUUAUGGAAUGGCAAGGUAAUUUAUAGUGAAUAAC